AUGGAUACGCUGCUUACGGCCGAGAUCGCGGCCAAUGCGCCACGGUAUCGGCGCAAGAGCUCCACCUUCAUCGACGGCAUUCACGAUGUCUCCACGAACACGGACCACAUGGCCCCAGCCCAGCUCUACAGCACCAUGUCCGGCCGCCUCUUCCACUCUGGACGUAUUGCGAUUGUAAUGGUCGGCCUGCCGGCACGCGGCAAGACACACAUCUGCGUGUCCUUAUCUCGGUAUCUCCAGUGGCUGGGCGUCAAGACACGCAUCUUCCAUCUGGGCGACUACCGCCGUGCGACUGUUCCGGGCGGCGCGGUGCCCGAAGACUACUUCUUCCCCAAUGCCACGCCGGCAUCCAUCAUACUGCGCCAAAAGAUCCUCAAGCGCUGCCGUGAAGACAUCUAUUCCUGGCUGAACCACGAGAAUGGCCAGGUCGCCAUAUAUGACGCCGUAAACCCGACGGCGACCGGCCGGAGAGCUCUCGCCAAGGAAUUUGCAAAACACGACGUGCAGACACUCUUCCUCGAGUCGUUUGUUGAUGACCAACGUAUUCUCACAGAAAACGCCCGGAACGUCAAGAUCUCGUCUCCUGAUUUCGCCGGCAUGGACCCCGACGAGGCGGCCCAGUUGUACCUGAAGCGCAUCAGCGCCAAAAUCCCCGUCUUCGAGACCAUGGACGAGAAGGAGCUCAACUUUGUCAAGAUGAUCAACGCCGGCCAAAAGUUCUUCUACAACAACGUCUCCUUCAACUACCUCUCGCACCGCAUCGUCUUUUACCUCACCAACCUACAUAUCAAGUCGCGCACGACCUACUUUGCCCGCGCCGGCAUCGCAGCCGACGUGCCCGAGGAGGAGGAGUCGUACCGCGCCGACCCGCCGCUGGGCCCCGCAGGCCUGCACUACGCCGAGCUCAUGUCCGAGGCGCUGCUGGCGCACCGCGAGUACGAGCGGCAAGCCGCCGCGGCCGCGGCCGGCAUCACAGAUCCCCCUCCAUUGCGUCCGCUCACUGUGUGGACGUCCACGCGUCUGCGUACCAUACAGACGGCGGACUACCUCAAGGAGCGCGGAUACAAGGUGCGGCAGCGCUCGCAGAUGAGCCAGAUCAACCCUGGUGUCUGCGAGAAGCUGUCGGACCGGGCACUGCGCGCCCUGUAUCCAGAGGAAGUCGAUCUUCACCAGCUAGAUCCCUAUCACCACCGGUUCCCGCGAGCCGAGUCCUACCACGACCUGGCAGUGCGCCUGGAGCCGAUCAUCCUGGAGCUGGAGCGGGAGCAGAACGACUUGCUGAUUAUUGCCCACGAGUCGGUGCUGCGCGUGCUGUACUCGUACCUGAUGCACUGCAGCGCCAUGGACAUUCCCAAGCUCAAAUUCCCGCGCAACAAGAUUAUCGAAAUCAUCCCCGCGGCGUACCAGAACGAGGCCAAGAUUGUCCACAUCCCGGGCCUCGAAAUGCCCCCGUCGCAGGGCAGCAGCAGCCCCGACAACGUCUUUUUCCGCCACGCAUCGCCGCUCCUCACGUUUAGCAGCAGCAGCGGCGCCAUGAGCCCGAUCCAGGGCGGCGGCCUGACCAGCAGCCCGCCGGAUGCGCUGGAACCCUUGACCCUGCCGCCGGCCGGGCCCAGCGUCGCCGCCGUCGGAUCCGGCGGCAUGGUCAAGCCGUCGCCGCACAACACGUCCCAGCCACCGUCGCAAGUCACAUCACAGCCGCACUCGCGGACGCACUCGCGCAUCCAGUCCGAGACGGUGUCGCCGUCGUCGUCGCCGUCAGGGGCGCAGCUGCAGCAGCAGUGGGCACCCGAGCGUGUGGUGAACAAGUCCAAGGAGGCCGUCGCCGACAAGGUGGCCGACGAGGAUUAG